CCGUGAGGAAGAACCAAUGAGGCAAAAGAGGGUGCGGCGGGGCAGGGUGCCACGAAGUAAUCCAGCGGCGGUCCCUGCCGGUCUCACCUCACCCUCAACCCAACCCAACCCCGAAGGAAAGACACCCAGACGAAUUCGCCGCGGCGGCAGGUAGAAGCCCGCAGAAAAGGUCACCCGGCGGCUAACGGGGCGCGACUGCCCUGCCUUCUCCUCGUCGCCGCAGCGGUGAUAGGUAAGCGCCGUUCCCGCGGGGCGGCGGCGCCGUUGUGAGGAGGAGGGAGAUGCACAGAUCGGGGGCGGCGAUGGCGUGGAACGUGUUCAGGUUCUGCACGGCGCUGCGGGGGCUGGGCUCCGUCAUGAUCCUCCUCGUCCUCGCCGUCGUCGGUGUCACCUACUACGCCCUCGUCCUCUGCAACUACGGGCCCGCGCUCCUCGCCGCCACGGGGGCGCUCGACGCCCUCGCCGCGCUCGCCGUCCUCCUCCUCUUCCACUUCCUGCUUGUCAUGCUUCUGUGGAGUUAUUUCUCUGUUGUGUUUACUGACCCUGGUGGUGUUCCACCAAAUUGGAGAUCAGAUGUUGACGAAGAGAGAGGAGAAACUGCACCAUUGUCCACCUCAAACUUCAAUAGUUUCAUGAAUUCACAGCAAUCUAUUGAUCUCAGUGAUACAGGGAGUCCAAGGAUCAGAUACUGCAGGAAGUGUAACCAGCUGAAGCCACCCCGGUGCCAUCACUGUUCUGUUUGUGGAAGAUGCGUGCUUAAGAUGGAUCAUCAUUGUGUAUGGGUUGUGAAUUGUGUUGGGGCGCUAAACUACAAGUUUUUCCUUCUCUUCCUGUUCUAUACUUUUCUGGAGACGGCACUUGUUACCCUGUCCUUAUUGCCCCACUUCAUUGCUUUCUUCAGUGAUGUUGAGAUUCCAGGAACUCCUGGAGCACUUGCAACCACAUUCCUGACCUUUGUAUUGAAUCUAGCCUUUACUUUGAGUGUCCUUGGUUUUAUGAUCAUGCAUGUAUCACUUGUUUCUGCUAACACAACAACAAUUGAGGCAUAUGAGAAGAAAACUACUCCAUUCUGGAAGUAUGAUCUUGGACGGAGGAGGAAUUUUGCUCAGGUGUUUGGGUACAACAAGUGGUAUUGGUUCAUUCCGGCAUACUCAGAAGAGGAUUUAAGAAUAAUACCGGCUCUACAGGGCUUGGAUUAUCCCGUCAGAUCAGAUUUCGAUGGACAAGGGUUGUAAUUAGACAAUUUGGAUGGGCGUAAUUGCCCCUGUAUAACAUGUUCGAUGUUACAGCCAUGCCAUCAUUUCCAGGAUGUCUCAUGAUGGUUGAUAUCUACUUGUACAGCAUCCCUUGACAACUGACAUCAGUAUGGUUGACCUACACAGGGCGAUGAAUUGGAAGGUUUUUAUACAGGAUGGCAUGCCGAAUUCAUUUCUGAUGCUUAGUUUUGUUGAAGAAUUUCUAGGGCUCCUGUUCUUGUCUACCGGAGCAGUCUGUUGUAAAUUUGUUUCAUGCAUCUUAAAGGAGCUUGGAGGUUUGCGCUCGGUGUAUCAGGUAACGCAUGUAUCAGGUAUUCAAGUUAAAGCAAAUUCUUGUGCUUGUUAUCUAACAGAGCAAAAGAUUGUUAAUUUAUCUA